GGGAGGCAGGCAGGGCUCAUGCCUACAAGCGAGGAAUUGGAGCAAGGUCCAGAGUUUGCAGGGUCUAAGGAAACCCAGGAGCUCAGGCUGCCCUUCAGCUGCUCCAGCUCCUGUACUGGGUCUUCCCCAGAGGUCUCCUCACCUCUGUUCUCUCCCUCCUGAACAUCCUGGACUGGAUUCCAGUUUUCUAAGGCUUCUGAGCAGGUUGCUCCAUUGUUCAUCAACAUGGAAAAGGCAGCUGGGUUCCCUGAGGAUAAACAAGUUACAUGCUUCUCCAAUCCUGUAGUCAUUUCCAAAGACAGAAGUAAUUUAUCUAAGGAAGUUGUCGAGAAUAUCCAGACUGCUGUGGAAGCAGGGAAAUGGGUAGAAGUAGUCUCUAUAGUUAAGAAUAUCAAAGAGGAAGAAUCAAGAACCACAGUGAAAAUUGCUGUAACUGGAGACUCCGGCAAUGGCAUGUCAUCCUUCAUCAAUGCUCUUAGGGAGAUUGGACAUGAGGAGAAGGAUUCAGCUCCCACUGGGGUGGUGAGGACCACACAGAAACCGGCCCUAUACUCCUCCUCCAAGUUUCCCAGUGUGGACCUGUGGGACCUGCCUGGCACAGGGGUCACAUCCCAGAGCAUGGAGAACUACCUGGAGGAGAUGGACUUCAGCAAAUAUGACCUGAUCAUCAUCAUCGCUUCUGAGCAGUUCAGUUCGAAUCAUGUGAAGCUGGCCAAAGCCAUGCAGAGCAUGAGAAGGAGGUUCUAUGUCGUCUGGACAAAGCUGGACAGGGACCUCGACACUAGUGCCCUCCCAGAACCCCAGCUACGGGAGAACAUCCAAAAGAACAUCCAGGAAAACCUCCAGAAGGAGGGGGUGGAGGAGCCCCCCAUAUUCCUAGUGUCCAACUUUAGUCCUGAUUCUCUCGAUUUCCCUAAGCUUAGAGAAUCACUGACAAAAGACCUCCAUAGCAUCAGGUAUGAUGGUCUCUUUGGAACCCUUUUCCAAGUCUGUGAGGAGGUUGUUAGUAAGAAAGUGGAAUUUAUUAAAGGGAUCAUAAAGAAGAAUGAUUCAUGGGGAGUUUUAGAAAUCUCAGAUCCAAAUAAUCUGGAAGAGUGUCAGAAAGUCUUCCAACAAAAAUUUGGUGUAGAUGACAAUUCUCCUCACCAGGUGGCUCUGAAUAUGAGUCAGCCCCAGGUUAUACAGAAGCACCUACAAGAUGGCUCGACACUGUCUCUGCCGCACCAGCUGCGCGUUCGAGCUGUUAACUUUGUCUCUUGCUGUUUUGACUCAACACACAGGCAACAGGCACGUGUACUUGAUGAAGCUGCUGAGAAAACCAAGAAAAUUUUGAAUAAAAUCUUGAAGGACAUUUUCCUUCCUUAGGAAGGGCUAGUUAACCAAGGUUCUCUCCCAGCUUUCUACCUGACAUCUACCCCCAGUUGAACUUAAUUGUCAUAUGGGUUUCAAGUUCUUUGAGAUUAAUAGGCCGACUUUCUUGAUGGGCAUCCCCUCAGUAAACAGCGCCCCGGGUUUUGCUUUUUACCAUUUGUUUAAUUUUGUUUUAACUGAACUUUCUGGGAUCCCAAUAAAGGAGACAUUUCCUUUUUCAAAUUACGUAGAAUUUCACGUUUGACACAUGGUCACCUUAGCACCUAUGACUAAUAUAGUUUCUCUUAGAGGCCUUUUAAUUUUAGCUUCUGUCUUUCCCCCUCUCUUUUCUUCCCUCUCGUGGGAGGUGGAGCAUCCUUUCGGGAAUGAGGAAGAGUUUGUUUCUGCCCACUGUCUGAAACAUGGCUAGUAGAGGCCUGUUCUCUGACCUGUCCUCUGAUGUGUAAAGAGAGGGGAUUUAACUCUGUACCACUGGUCACAGGAUGCACAAAUUGCUGACUGGAAGACUUCUAGGUCCCCCACACUACCCCAGUGGUGCCACGGAUGUCAUGGCCCCUCACACUCAGGGCACCCACAGUCUCCUAUUGCAUCUGACUUCUUCAUCCACCCCCUAAUUCUCCAGGUCAAACCCCUAUCCAGACACAUAGACCCUCCUCCCUUCCUCAUGGAGCUUUCCCAUUUCUCUCAGGUGUGUGUGUGUGUGUUUGUGUUUAUUUAAGACAGAUCCUUCUCCGUGUGCUGUUACAUCCCUUUUCUCAUUCCCCCUCUCAAUGGAUGUCAGUGGGCUGUUGUAGGGCCCAGCCCAGCCAUUCAAACAAUAGACCCGAGUUUCAGUUUACCCUAAAGCAAUACCUGGUUUGGGGAAAGAUCACAAACUGAGAGCACACAGUCUCCAACCAGGAAUGGAUCUUUUAAAGGCAAAAUACCAAAUGUUCCAAAAGAAAUACCUAAUGUUUCAACCAUCGUAGAUGUAGAUUCCAGCAUCACCAGCUGUCCCUUAGCCCAGCACACACCCAUCCCCUUUCACCAAGACACCCGUAGACAAAUGUCAGCCAAUCAGGGGUCCUGAACCUUAGGAAUCCCCUCACCUCAACCUCUGCUAUGUUAAGAACCCCACCCAAACUGGGUUUUUUAUGACUCACUGUGCUGUCAGAUGGGUGGAGGGUCCAAGCUGGAGCCGGAAUGAAGGCUCUUUGCUUUUGCAUAUGAGUGCGGACUCUGUGGUUGUUUGGGGGACCCUGUGAUCUGGGCAUAACACUGUCAUCCCUGUGCCCUCCACCUCUUUCUUUUCAGAACACUAAAGACUUUCCUCUUCCAGCCAUUGCCAAGGUCAUAUCCCAGCAUGCCUGCUUCCGUGCCACUUGUGCCAGGAAGGGGUGAUUUUUGCCUGGCAGUUUGACAGUAUAGCCCAUGCUAGAUGAAAGACAGUCAUCACAAUAGGAGCAUAGGGUAGCUGGUCACAUUGUGGAGAGAGAGAGAGAGAGAGAGAGAGAGAGAGAGAGAGAGAGAGAGAGGAGAGAGAGAGAGAGAGGCAUUCUGCUCCUUGGCUCAUGUUCUUAUUUUCACUCAGCCCAAGGCCUCAGUCCAUAGAACGAAACCAUCCAUGUUCAGAGUAGGUCUUCCAACCACAGUGAACCAAGUUUAGAAACUCUCUCGCAGAAAUUCAUAGUUAUUCCAGAUCCUGACAAUUUGACAUUCAAUAUUAACUUCACAGGUACAGUAAUAGCAAGGGGUAUAUUGGAGUUUUAUUGAUUAACACUGGGAAGAAGGUUGGGUGUGGCUCAGUAAUACAGUGCUUGCCUAGCACAUGGGUUUUGAUACCUAAAAAGAAAUUGUUCAAACAAAGUCUGUUUUGAGACAGAAAGAAAAUGUAAUUGUAUUAGUUGAGAAAAACGCAUCAACUAUAUCAUCUUGCUGGCACAAGAACUUUGUAAAAACGAAUCACUCAAAAGGAAAAGGGAGGUCUACUUUAUAUGCUGGGGUAAGGAUGGGCUGUAGGAUGUCUCAGUGGUGGUGGGAUUGGGACUGAGGGUGAGCACAGCUGUGCCUGGCCUCACCUUCCACCCUCUUAUUCCUUUGUUACAUGAUUCGAUAGACUCACAGGGAGGGUCUGCAAAGAAAUCACUCAAGUUUUGUUUGUCAUCCGGAUGCUCAGAAAUCAUUGUUGAUGUCAAGUUUGUAGCGUAGAUUCUGCUACAGUGUGUUCACUGUGAGAAAGUGAGCUUGCUCGUUUAAAGUCAUGCGACUAUUGCAGCUAAGGUUGUAUGUGUUUGGCUCCAGCACCAAGGAAACUGACAUGCAGACUGCGACUCACUGUGGGCCCGACUGGGACAGCAGGGUGUAAAUUCUCUCUAUGUCCUAGAACAUAAAUGUAGAUUUUCUCCUUGCUUGCUCUCUAUACAUACUUCUCUACGCACAGAUACAGAAAUAUAUGUACAUGUUAUAUAUUCACCAUACACAUAUAUUGUGUAUUGCAUGUAACAUAACAUUAAUCUAUAUGAUAAAUAAAUAAUAAGA